AUGUUUCUUUGCCCUCCAAGAUACAUGUAUUUCCCAUCAGUGCGAUCCAAGGUAUAACUAUGUAAAAAAUUUAAGCUAUUAAAAUAUUUUCUUAAAUUAAUAACUUGUCAUGAUAGUGUUUUUUAAAGUGAAACAAAGUUGAAGAUAAAAAAUGAUAUGUAAGUAAAUUCAGAGGAAUGACAUGGCCUUGUAAUGUGAAAGAGGUUUCAUUGGUAACAACUUCAACAUAAAUGUUAAAUAGCUAAAAAUAUACUGUUAAAAAAUGGUAAAGGUUACAUAUGAUUUUAAUUCCAUUCUAUAACUAUUAUAAUAUUAGACAUGUUGAAUUGCAGGUCUGUUGGUAAAGGGCACGUGUGACUUUUCUUUUGUUAAAAUCCCUCAUGUAAAAGACAGUGAAGUACAAUUUUGAUGUUGCUAUGGCCACUGAUUUUGACAUAAUUUGCAUCAAAAUCUUGAGCAUUUUUUUCCUCAAAUUCUCUUUUUGAGCACCUUAAUUCAUCCCUCACACCUGCUUAGCAGCUUCUAUUUGCAUUUUGAUAACUGCUUGGUCAUUUCACAUUUCUGUAACUCAGAAGUUUAUUGUUAGCAAAAAAAAAAAAACAUGUUUUCCUUAAUGUCAUGGUGUUAUGGUUCCUGAUUGACAACAAAAGUUUCUUGUAAACAGCUAACCUACACCAAGACACCUAACAAUCCAAUUUGGCCAAGAGGUGAACUGUUUAGUAACUGUUGAGUUCUAGUUUAUCAAGGACUUUCUUUACUGAGUACACUCAAGGGUUGCUCUAAUGUGCCAGCUUAUCAAGCAAAGUCUCUAUGAAUUCAAGAAGAUGGUAGAGAAAUUAUGAGAAACAUAGCCUUGGUUACACCAAUUGCUUACAUACUCAUUGGACAAUCAUGUCAGCCAAUAAAAAAUAAAAGAUUUUGUAACACUCAAAAUUUCAAUAUUGAAAUUGAUUUAACUAUUGUUUUUGUCACAUCAACAUUUGGUGUCUUUGGUACCCCAGCAAUAUCUUGUUCCUUAAUUUUCCAAUGGAUGAGAAUUAUGAUGAUCUACAUUACCUUGAUGAGUUCAGAGUUCAACCAAAACAAAGAUUAAGCCACUCCAUGGGUACAUGUUGAGGCGUGGCAAGGGGGGUCUAGGGAUGCACUUGACCCCCACCACCUCUGUGAGAUAAUUCUCUGGUUAAGUCUUCAGCUUAGAAAGCUUGUAACAUUGGUUUGCUGAUCUGAAGAAUCUCCUGGGAUAAAUCUCAUUUCGUACUUGAUGCUCUCCAUUUCCUGGUCUUUCUCACUGUGUGAAUGUAAGCCUACUGAUACACAAAAUCAAACAGCCCCUUAGACAUAUCCAAGCUUUACUCCUUCAUUUGUAUGUCUCAAGGGCUUGACUUAAAUAGGCUAAGUAAUUCUGCCCCAACCCUCCCCCUCCUCUCAAAGCCAACUUGGACCUCUUUGUUUUGUUUCUCUUGACUUUAUAUUGACAUCUUUUCUUAAGGAGGAUGGCUUUAUUUUGUUAAGGAAGUCUUAAUGAAUCAUUCCACAUUCCAGUGGUGGUUUUUAUUGUUUUUUUUUUUUUAUUGCUGUAUUUUUACUUAAAGAAUGUAUUAAUGUGCUGCAGGGGAUGGCAACCGAUCAAGUGCAGUCAGAGCCGAGUGCUUCCCUUGAAGCAAUACCAGUAAGUUGUCAGUGAGAGAUGAAAACAUUUUAUCAGUCUGUUAAUUAAUGUUAUGUUCUUCAUAUUAACAUUAAGAAGUAUAAUAGGAUCAAGAUUUAAAACUGUAAUUGCAUUUGAAGAUCUGUCCCACAGACCAAUCUGCAGCCAACUGGCAUCAGUCCAGAUUUUUCUCAAACAUAAUUAAGCAAAGCUUUAUUGUAAGGUUGGGGUGUAAGCUUGUACAGUAGGGCUGCAAGAGCAUUUGUUUAUAGUGACUACAAAAAGGUUAAGUUCUGUUAAUUUUGAUCAGCACCCUUGAUUUCCCAACUAAUGGUUCACAAUUAUUUUGACUAAACGUUUAAGUGAUGAAUGCACAAUAGUAACAUAGUGACGUGACAUAUUUUUUCCCAGGCUAAAAGGCCCAGACAAGAGAAUGGUGACAAUGAAAAAGACAGGUGACUUUUUUCUGUAUGGUAAAUAAGGCUGUUAGUGGGCUAAGUUGUUCUAAUCAAAUAUUUAUUAUAUGUUUGUAACAACAUAGAUAUGUUUCUCAAGAGAAUUCUUUGGUUGAUUCAGGCUCUGUGACAUCAGUUGUGAGAAAGAAUUAGUAGUCAGGUUUAGAGUAUUGAAAACUCAGGGAAGUAUCCUCCUCUCAUGUUUUAUUAUCUCUUCCUUAGUGAUGAGUCCAGCAAUAAUGGAUCACCCUCGCAACAGCCUGUCAAUGGUUCAUCAAGAGACGGAAAGGCAGUUAAUGCCAAUCAAAAUGCUGACAAGAAUGAGUCGUCUUGGGAUGUCAAUGAAGCCACAAUUACUGUAACUACUGCUGAUCUUGAUGUUGGAGCUCCUAAUGUUGUUGCACCAGUUUCAACGGCAACACUCAGCUACCCCUCAUCUGAUGGUGCUUCCACCAUGACAAAUUUAGAUGGAUGCAACUUUGGGAAUCAGGCCAUUGCAUCUGGUGUAACUGACAGCUCUGGCCAGUAUCAACAGCUCUCUGGGCAGUACGCCGCAAAUACUGCUGCUUACUAUGGCCAGCGGCCUUAUCCUCACAUUGUCCCAGCACCCCAGCAGGGUAUUCAGCAGUAUAAGACAACAGGGGGUGUAAUACAAGGAACGGGAAUAACGCAAGUUGCUGGGUAUGUGUAUCCACAGGCAGCACCUCAAGGUGGCUACCCCAUGGUACAGACUGUAAGAUACCCUGCUGUGAAUGCAACAGGAAAGACUUCUGUUGAUUCUCGCAAUACCUCUCAAGGGAAAGCCCCUGGGGGCAACAUCCCAGAUAUAUCAACUCUUCGUCAACCAGCAGGAACUUAUGGUAAUCCUUAUGGAACUGUUACAUACCCUGCAAUCAUUCAACCUGGUCAGGCUGUGUAUACUAAUCAAUAUCAAGCACCUUAUGGGGCAGCUUAUGUAGCUUCAACCGGAACCCCAACUUCUAGUACCACAGCAUAUACUGUCCAACAGUCUGACCAAGGUUCUUUUCAAUAUGGUUACACUACAAGUAAUCAGCAAACUUAUCCAUACAACUACUUGAACGCUCCUCCCCCAGCUUAUGCUCCGUCACAAUACAUUACACCAAUGAAUAGUACACCGCCGCCUAAUGCUGUCGCUGGUCAAAGCAGCGGUUAUCAACUUACCCAGCUUGUUGCUGGACAGGCUUCUCAAGGUGUCACAACCAAUGGAGAAAGGACGCACACUACAAGUACAGGUACUUUGACUGUUGUAAUAGUUAUUUAGUUAUCAAUUUUCUUUUUUGUUCUGAUUUUGCAAUUCAUUAUUUCUUUUCUUAACUCUAGGUGAUUUAAACCAUUAGUCAUUUUCAUCACCCAGUGCAACACCCAAGCUUUGCUUAAGAGAUAAUAAACUUCUGUUAGUUCAAACCAAUUCCUUUCCUCAUAAGGAUUUUGCCUUAUCACCUUUUAUAGUAUGAACCCUUGAUGGCUUGUGUCUAGUGCUAGUUUGGCCUCUUUGUACUAUAUACGUGCACAUGUGUUUUAUUUAGCCUCUCUCCUGUGUGAAAGGAAGGAAAUGAUGUUAUGUAUUGCAUCCCUGAGGUUGUUUGGAAUUGCCAUUCUAAUGGGAAGGGAACCUUUAACAAUUUUUACGUGAGAGUCAGUGAGCAUCACAGGAAGAAAUCAGUUGGAAAUUUAGAAGACUCAGGUGGAGGACUUUGAGGCAGGCUGUCAAACUUAUUUCCCUCUUGACAAAUUUAGACUAAAUUUUGCAACACGUGCAAACUGUUUGACAGCUUGUUUGAAACAAUUUUGUAGUUGUUACAUAUAAACCUAUCUCCCAGCUAAUACUGAUGAACUAACUUGUGAAUAGCAGUUCUUUGUACUUUAAGUGUAAGAGUUACUGAAAGCUGUAAGCUGAAGUGGGGCUUGGAAGAACAAUCUGAUUCCCUUCAACUUAAGGGAAUCAGAGAUAUUAUCAUAAACGGGUACAGAAGGAGAAGGCAAACUCAAAUUGCAGUUGACCAAGUUAAAAACUUUGUACUGUGAUUUGACAUGGUUCUUGAUGGACACUCUUGUCCUUCCUUGCAAACGUAAGACGUGCUUUAUCCCUCACAACAAUAACAAAAAUUCCUAUUUAAUCCAUGCAAUCAAAUGCACUGUUUCUAGCACUGCUACUCAGGCAGUGCUUUACUCUAUAUCUUUUCAAAAAACCCUUCUGCUACCGUUCUUGACUGUGUCAACAAAAUUGUUUGGGUUAAUUAUUUUGAAAGAAAACAGGAUUGUGACUCCUUAUACCAGGGUUUAGUUUUAAUGCAGUGGGUUAUUUCUUUGUUAUCUUAAACAACUGCAAAUUCUAUAGGAGAACACUUACCAUUUUUAGAUUAGAUCAUUAAUUACUUAAUUUUUGCAAGUUGUUUUUUAAGUAAAGUUGGAUGUAAUAUCAUUAGGUAUUUGCUUUUGGAAAAAACAACAGCAUCUGCAAGAUGGACAUCUGCAAAAAUAUGUUUGGUCUUUCUUUUAGUAUGAUGUUGUGGUAUCUUGUUUUCAAUAGGUUAGAAAAACAUUUUCCAGUUUUAGAUUCUCUAUAAUUUUUUUUAUGAAGUGUUUUGUUGUUGAGUUUUGUUUUUUUAAACAAAUAUCAUUUUUCCUUUAAAUUAGCCUCCAUUAGAAAUGAACUCCAUAAAUGCAAUCUACAGAAAAUGUCUUUUAUUCUUCUUGUGAAUAUGUCAGUUUUUGUUUUGACAAGUUUUCAUAAAAUUUUAGACAUCUGAUGGUUUGUGACUACUCUACUCCUGUGCUACUCUUGAAUGUUUUGCGGGAUUGUCCAAUAUUGUGAAGGAGGUCAAUUUUUGUGUAUUUUAUGGUUAAUAGGUUUUGUCUUCUUUGUAAAUUGUCCACUUCUUAUUACUUGUAAUUCCCUUUGAAAUUUAAGUUUGGUCUCUAAGACCUUUAAGCGUAAUCAACUUGCAGUAAUAUUUUUGGUUUAUUGCAAGAAAAGACAACAUCUUAAUGGGUUUGGAGAGUUGUUUCUUUUUUUUCCUUUCUGUCUUGACACGUGUUUUUUAAUGAGAGGGUUUGUUUAAACAGAAAUCCAUUUAAUGGUACAAAUGUUUACUUAAAAUUCUAAUGAAUCAAAUUAAGUCUCCUGGAGUGGCAGAGAAGCCAUUAGUAGCACAUAUGUUGCAUCUGAUAUGAAUAUAUUUUAUGUACAUCUGCUUACUGAGACUGAAAUGACUAUGUGCUUGUUUCUUCUAUAACUUUGAAGGUAACCCCAUAUUUGGAUUCUAUCUGUAACAGGAUCUUGAUUGGUAGAAAAUUUUUUCCUUUUAUUUUUCAUUGUGCCAAAGAAGACAGAAACAGGAAAGAGUUUAUUUGUUUUAAGUAUACAGCUGUUGGCAACAUUAAGUGAAUGGGACGAGGCUGAUCAAAAUCACAAUGGAAUAACAACUUUACUUAAACUACACAUGUACACAGAUGUAUCUCCAUCUCAAUUUUGGUGCUUGUUUUUGUUUAAAUCGGGUAGGAAGCACGCAGAGUAAAGGAAAUGAAUUUUAUCUUUAUUUGAAUUAUGUGGAAGGAUAAGCACUUAGAAUUUGAAUGUAUUAAUUUGUUGAAAGCUGUGCUCGGCUAUUAAGUUUGCUAAAAGCUUUACCAUACAUCAGAGUCUAUGUACACCCACACAUUUUAAAACAAAUCAUGCAAAGUUCUUUCAAGCUUUCAAGCAUUUUUGCUCUUUACUCAAUGUACUUAAUCCUUCACAUUUAUGUGUGUGACAUAGUUUAAAAAAUAUUGACUAAAGAUGUUCCUGCAAGUUAGGUAAAAUUAAGCUGACUGAACUAAAAGGCAUUGUUAAGUAAUAUUUUGCAGCAGUUAUUUUCAUUAGGCUCUAUUUUUAUAAAAGAUUAAACAGAAAAAAAAUAAUUUUUUUUGUCAUUUUUUCAAUGAAAGAAAUAGAUAAUGCAGAGUGAAGAAUUUCCCACCGUCUUUGAAAGGAGUGACAUGUGAAAUUUCUAUGAAAAGGGAACCAGGAAGGCUUGUUUUGUUGAUUAAAUAAGUAAAAUUUUGGAAGUGUUUGUACCAUUAUAUCUUUAUGUGAAUAUAUCAGAAUAUGUGAGAGUUAAAAAAAAAACACGACCAAAAAUAACAACCCAAUGCAAAAGUAAAACCAAAUGCAUGUUAAGUUUUGAAUUUUGCCCUCGUAACCAUCCCACUUGCUGUUAAAUUAAGGGUGUAGUCAUUGGCAGCUCAAAACAUUCACAAGAUGGUGGAUAUGUAAUGUUCAUGGAACACAAGAAGGUGCAAAUACUAUCAUGGCAUGAAGAUCUCAAAAUAUUUAUGAUGCUCUUCCUUUUUGCAAGCCAUCAGAACAUAGUGUAUGCUAAAAGAUAAAGGCUCAAGACAGAGGAUUUAAUACGCCAGCCACACUAGUGAACAGUGAAACCUGUAGAAGGGUUGAUCUGUGAAACUUUCAUUCAGUGUCUGCCCCCUAGGGGCUGUUUGCCUAGUAAAGGUUUCAUCAAUUGCAGAGGGUUGGAUACAAGCUCAUUUUAGCUUCAUGUUUGAAUAAGGGGAGGAAGAGGAAGGAAGCUUGGGGACUUUGGCAAUUGUUUUACGUAACCCUUUAACUCCCAAGACUCCUUAUUGUCUGCCAUAUAAUUCUUGUGAUAUUAGUUCAGAGAAUUUGAUACUGGAUCAACUAAUAAUCCCCUAAUUGAUAUCCUUUAUUCUCAUUGCUUCUCUGCUUGAUAUUGUUUUGAUAUUGAAAAGAGAAAUUCUGUCUUGGUCACUCAAUGGAGAAAAAGGGUUAAAUGGCCACCAGGAUGAGUUGGAGGAGUCCUGUGGUUAGGCACCUGAUGCAUGUUUCACUGAUAUUCAAUGCUUUGUUUGGUCUGACACCAACAUGGGACUUGGCUCAAAGGGGAACAACAAUAUUAGCAUUGAGAUUGUGUCAGAUUAUUUUGUAGUAAUCACAAACUGCUUUCAUCUGCAGGAAAUGCAACCAUUCAGUAUUCACCAAAUCUUCCAUCCUCACCCAGUCCUCCUCGCUCACCAGGAACUGGAUCUGGAGCAGACACUCCUCUUAUUAAUAGUGUGGGUAUGGUGUCGGCAAGCAUAGGGAUGCCUGGUGGACAGGAUGGAGUACAGGUCCUUGUGGAUUCAGGGGCUGGCUCCCCUGGAUUGUUAGUCCAGGGAGCAAACAGAGGGCGUGGUCGAGGAGGAAGAGGUGGAAGAGGCAGAGGAGGUGGCAGGGGAAGGAGAUCAACAUCAGGUCCUCCCCCAGAGAUUGACCAUAACAUUGAGGUAUGCUCAUGUUAUUGGUCUUGUUGGCAAUUGCCAUAAGCCAGUUUUUGGUCCUGAAGGUGCCUAGGUGGUCACUACUUGCUUGGGUGAUCUCUCAAAAGUGUUUGUUCAUAAUUAUUUAUUUCUAACAAUUAAAUUUUUGUCAUGGUUAGAUGUCUGUGACAAUGAUGCUAAUCUUUUAAACCCUGUGUCCCUUCAAGUGAAAGUCUGAGAAGCUGGACAGAUCUGAUCACACAAUCAUUGACUCAUUGUUCCAUUUGAUUGACUAGUUUUUAUCUUUACUUUAUAGCGGAUCUUUAUCUGGGAUCUUGAUGAAACAAUUAUUAUUUUCCAUUCACUCUUAACGGGAGCCUUUGCAUCAAAGUUUGGCAAGGUAAGUUAGAUGGAGGAGUGAAGACUGAAAGCAGUUAAUACUGUCGAGAACUCUGUGAGAGUAAGUGUUAAAAAAUAUUGUUGUUUGUGUCAUUUAUAUUCUGAGUUGCAACAUGUCCUAACAUGUAUCAUUUAAUUUUAUUCUUUUAGGAUGCUCCUAAUUCAGUGUCAUUAGGCCUUCGAAUGGAAGAAAUGAUUUUCAACUUGGCUGAUACACACUUAUUUUUUAAUGACUUAGAGGUAAGAAGCCAUAAAAUCAGCUGAAAUCAGGGAAUUAUCAUGUAAUCUUCAAUCAAUGCUAAUGUAAAUUGACCUCAAUAUUUUUUACUGGGAAAAUCACUAGUUUUUUUACAAAUGCGGAAAUCCAUAUUGUAGCCAACUGACAACCAUGUGUUGUAGGAUUGUGAUCAAGUACAUAUUGACGAUGUUGCAGCUGAUGACAAUGGACUAGAUUUAAGGUGAGUCUCUUUUGUGUUGAUGCCUUGGCAUUGUAGAUUGUAUUUAGUAUUCUAAUGACAUUCACUCCAGAACAUCUUUGCCUGUGUGCAGUACCUACAAUUUUGAGGGAGAUGGAUUUCAUGCUGCAGCCACGUCAGCCAAUCUUUGUCUGGCAACUGGUGUUCGAGGUGGGGUAGACUGGAUGAGGAAGCUGGCAUACAGGUACCGACGUAUCAAGGAGAUUUACAACAGCUACAGGAAUAACGUGGGAGGUAGGGGAUGGUUUGUUUUUAAGUAUACCACAAAGUUCUUUAUUGUGGAAUGGACUUGACCCUUUUGUUCUCAAGAUCUUAUUAGUAAUUAUCCCUUCUGUCUGCCACAACUGUUGCAAUGUUAGUUCUGAGAAUUUGGUAUUGAAGUAAUGGAUAAUCUCCUAAGUGAUGUUUUUUCUUUAUCCUCAUAACUUAUUUAAAAGAUAUUGUGUUGAUGUUUUAUGGAGAAAUUCUGUUUUGGUCACUCAUGGGAGUGAAAGGGUUAAAGGAACUUACAGUAGUUGAGGUGAUUUGCAACCCAGCAGCAGGUGGUUGGAACCAGCUUUGUCCACAAUAGACAAACGUGGAAAAGCAGAGAAGUGUUCUCAUUUCUUGGGCCAGUUUGUCUGAAAUCCCCUAUGGAAUGAUUACAUGACAUUUGGUUUCAAUUAGUCCAAACUAAACUAUCAUCCUAAAAGGGUAAUUUGGUAUUAUAGCAGCUCUGAUGAAGGGCUCAUGCUUGUAACAUCAGCUGUGAAACUCUUAUCAGUGGCCAAUUUGUUACAUUGGUAAUACUAAAUGACCUUGUUAAACUCUCCGACUGACUUGCACCACAGUUUCUCUAGAAACUUAUCCCUUUUACCAUCAAAAAAACUUCACUAUUAUUUGUAAUGUUCAAAUUUAUUGGAUAUCAAACAAAGUUUAAACAUAAGGACAGAAUUCAGACACUCUGAAUGGUUCCAAAACUGAAAGAGGACACUGUUUAAUCUUGGACUUCUUUGGAAUAUUUUAAAAACUAGCCCAGUGGCAAUUCCGAUUUUGACUUCAAAUUUAUUUUUGUGUUGUGUCAUUGAAGGUCUUCUUGGUCCAGCGAAAAGAGAAACAUGGCUUCAGCUGCGCAUGGAGUUGGAGGCGACAACAGAUUCAUGGCUGACACUUGCUCUGAAAGCAUUAACACUCAUCCAUUCCAGGUAAUCACAAGGUAUUCUUAACGUGCCUGAUCAUGUCAUUUAAAGCAUUAUGAUCAAUGAGUUGUGGAGUAAAAUGUUUGAAUGAGUUGUUCAAAAGUGCCUGAGGCUGUAUUUUUAUACUUUGCCAUGUUGAGGCUUGCUUUGUCUUUGUAUCUAGAUUACAAAAUGCCUAUCUGUGUACUCUUUCCUAAACAGGUCAAAUUGUUUAAAUGUCAUGGUUACUACCACACAACUUGUUCCUGCUCUUGCCAAGUGUCUCCUCUAUGGACUGGGUGGUAUUUUUCCUCUUGAAAAUAUUUAUAGCGCGACUAAAGUUGGUAAGUGGAUUUUAUUUGAAAGAGACUGACAAUCAGUUUGUCAAAUGUAAAAUAACAUAAUUGACUAUUUUAACUUUAUUGGUCAAUAAAAAGGUUAACCCGAAACUGAUUUUUUGGUAGAAAAGUAUUUUUUCGGUUUGUGUAUUUGGUUAGAAUAAUCUCAUGAGAGUAAUGUUCUUCUAAAACUUGUCACAAAACCGUAACCAUGGGGUCGAUUACCCUUGGAUUACAAAUAUUAAUGAAAAUGUAACUUCUCGCAACAAUUUCAACACAUUUUUAAGGAAACAGCUGAUGAGAAUUGAUAUAACUAUUAUCUCUUUGAAGCGCCAAAUUAACUUAACUACUUCGUAAGGAAAAUUUUAGCACCUUGAAGGGAGAGUUGCAAUCAGAUCUUUUAUUUGACAGGAAAAGAAACCUGCUUUGAAAGAAUCUCAAAUCGAUUUGGAAAGAAGUGUACAUAUGUAGUUGUAGGAGAUGGGAGAGAUGAAGAAAUGGCCAGCAAACAGGUAAUCACGUGUAGUGUAAUGUCAUGAACGCCGUCUUAAAAUUGAUUGUCCGAAGUAAUGUAAGUUUGUUUUGCUUUCGAUUUUUUUUUGUUAUGAUCGCUCUAGAAAAAUUUUCGCAACCCUCUCAGUGAAUCAGAUACCCAAUAGAGAGGCCAAUCCGGACUAAGGCACUGACGUUUCCCCGCGCGUGAAGCAGUUUGCGUGUUUUAACGUCGAGUUCCUUAUGGCUCCAUGUGUUGAAUUGGCUUGUUUGAACAACAUUCAAUCGGACUGUAUUUAACUCUUGGAACCUUGCUGUGGUAUUUCAUUCCUUAUCCAGUUUGCAAAUAUCAGUUGUAUCAUACUCGCCCGAAGUACUGAAACUUAAGUUUUACUUAUUGCGCUCGCAAAUGCUUGACUUUGUAGCUAUCAUGAUAUAAAUCAUAGCUGUCUAUCGUUGAAGCUUCUCAUGCCGAUAAUUAGUUGUGUGGAAUUUAUCUUUCCAUUCUGCCUUCUUUGCGAAAAUUUCUUCCACAAAUUAUUCAAGGUGUUCCAACGACACUCUGAAAUUACGCUGAAAGAUAUUCAGAAAAUUUCUCAAUACGUCCUGUAUAGCUUAGCAUGAAGUUGUAUUCUUGUAUUGCAGAUGGGAUUCCCUUUCUGGCGAAUCGGUACUCACACAGACUUAAUCAACCUUCAUCACGCGCUAGACCUGGGACAUCUCUAGUCGAUGGACUGACUCUCUGCUGCUUUGUUCUGGCACUCAUUGGAGUUUCUUUAUUUCUUUGUAAACAAAUGAAGAGAAAUUGAAUACAUACAUGAGUCAUGUAACGUUAAAAUAUGUAUCAUUUGGAAUGGUGGCAAAGGGAAGGGUGAUCUUUCCUAUUUUAAACGCUCAUUUUAUGCUGCAAGCACAUACCAUGUUUGAAUUUUUUCAUAGUUUGGAUUCGUGUUCCCUCGUAAAGAAUUUCACCGCCCAGUCACUCUCUAAAAGAUCUAUCUUGUAAGACGGUUUCUUGCCCUCGUGAUCACUUUCUUGCAUAGCAUUACAAAGAGAGAUCAACGUCAGUAUCUGAUCAACUGCGCACCCACCCCUUCCCUAACCCAAUAACAGUCCACUGAUAGCAAGUUAAGGGAAGGGUAGGUGGGCAGUUGCUAAGAUACUUCCAUUGAUCCACAACGAGUAUCGCAUGAGAGUAAUUCUCACUGACUAUCGACUUCCUAUGCAUACAUAAGUGUUUUAUCCUUGGACUUCUAUACAUGGAAGCUACAUUGUACAGUAUAAUAGUGGUUAUCGCUUUUCAUUUAUAUGGUCCCAAACUUUCUUGUACAUUCCUUUAAAUAGUAUGGACUGCUACAAGAAAUAAUUUCGAAGCUUCUAUAAUUAAAAUACUUCGUUGGGAAUUAUUCCUAGGAGCUACAUUUCUCCACCGGAAGCGUAGUGAAAGUGGCAGAUAUUGUUAUUUUACUCACUCUCCUUGCGUCUGUUGCCAUUUAGGAUUUUCGGAAGUGUUUGUAUAACCAAAAAAUAUAAUUAACUAGAAAUCUGUACAGCUUUUUUUUAAACGCAAAUAAUAGCAAAGUACCUUGCGGUUUGUUAUGUUUAGUUAUUUGGUAAUGUAGUUUGAAAAGCACAAGCGAGAUUUUUUGGUAUCGUGAUCCAGAAACUGAUUUGUUUAGCUUUUCUUUUUGCACGCGUGAAUAGUCAAUGUUAGAAUUUUAUUGCAAUUUUGAAAGAAAAUAAUGUCAAAAUUUGUUCAACAGAAUUGUCAAAUUAUCAUUACAUAUUAUGAAUUUUAUAUAUAAAUACAUAAUUUAUGUAUAUUGUCAACAAAUCGAAAUGAAGAUUAUUAUACUUUAAAGUAUGUAACAUUUGGGAACAUCGUUAAGAUUAAAUUUAUUCCUUUCAUGGAAUAAGUUCAACUAUCC